CAGUGGCGCUUGGGAAAGUUUCGGGAAGAGUAGGAGGGAGGGGACUCGGGAGUGGAAGUGUAGUAACCCGACAGCGAGCAUGACCGACGCCGAGGCGCAGAGCGCUCCACCAUCGGCACCGGUGGAAGACAAACCACAGCCGGAGAGGAAAGUUAUAGCCACUUUGGUCCAAGGCACAGUGAAAUGGUUCAAUGUGCGUAAUGGGUAUGGAUUCAUUAACAGGAAUGACACCAAAGAAGAUGUAUUUGUUCAUCAGACAGCAAUCACGAAGAACAAUCCCAGGAAAUUUCUCCGCAGCGUUGGAGAUGGGGAAAUUGUAGAGUUUGACGUGAUUGAAGCAGCUAAGGGAUCCGAAGCAGCUAAUGUUACCGGUCCAGGUGGUGUUCCGGUAAAAGGAAGCCGCUAUGCGCCCAACAAACGGCGAUUCCGUCGACGGUUCUUUCCCCGAAGCCCUCGGCCCGGCGACCAGAACAAACCAGCCGAUGGGCAAGGUCCUGAUACUGACCGAUCGGGAGAGAGUGAGGGAGCGAGGCCUCAGCAACGCCGCCGUAGGCCGCGCAGGCCACGGCCGGAGACACAAGAUGGUGAAGUUUGCGAGCAGAAGGAUGGAGACGAAGAGGGUGGUCAGACACAGAGUGAUCAGACCCAGAGUGAUCAGACCCAGCGGCCGCCACGACGCAGAUUCUGGCGCCCAUACCGCAGGCCAUUCCGUCCUCGCCCACCUCCCAAUCAGGCUGUAGAAGACCAGCAGGCGGCUGCACCAGCAGAGAGCCUGGAGAAGAGUGAGCUAAAGCAGCAGCAGCCACAGCACGAGGUGGCGACGGCGGCGGCACCUGACAGCCCUCAGACCAAUGGAGAAGCAGGGGAGGGCCAAGGCCAGAAACAACGCCGCCAGUUCAGACGACGCAGGCAAAGGAAUUCAGAGUCCUCUGUCUCCAAAAAUGAUACAGAGAAGUCUGCAUCAGAGCCUAGCACCCCACCACAGACCUCAAAGCCAUCUGAUACAAAACCCACAUCAAAGUCGCCAAAGACCUCUCCCAAAAUCUCCCCCAAAACGGUAAAAUCGCCUGAGCAGGCAGCUCCAACAACUGUCCCAGCACCAGCAGAGUGAUGACCACGAGGAUGGUCACACAACCCUUGGCAAGAGGUGGGACCCCACACUAAAGUGGCGCAACCUUGGAUUAGACAGGGUGGGAGACGUGAGGGUGUAGGGUUGCACUUCUUGUGCUGCAUGUGCAACAUUAGCAGUCUGUCACAGAGGGCCUGAUGAUGGACAUUAACUCUUUAGUCAAGUAAAUGGAUUUAAGGCGGAAUGAUGGCAUUGAAAGGAGUCUUUGAGAACGCUGCCUGUGUUUGGAGUCAGACUUUUGUUUAACACAGGGAAGAUUUUUGGCUCAAAUUCUGGGAAAUUGGAUUUUCUUUCAAUAUAAUCCUUGGCUCGGGAUUAAAAGUGCCCUUUUUAUUUUUUUAUUUUUAAAUUAAAGGUCUUUUUUUUUUUUUUGGGGGUCUUUCUUUCAAUCCAUCUCUCCUGCGCUUUCUUUUGUUUCUCAUAGGUCCUAGGGUUGGAGGACUGGACCUAUUUCAGACCACAUGCACUGCUCUCCCCUCCCUGCACUCCCCCAAUCCUCCAUCCUACCACUUCUCAGUCAUCCUUCAGGCCCCUUCCCCACCCCCUCAUCUCAUCUUGUCUUGUCCUGUCCACACUGACAUCUGGAGAGGGUGGGAAGGGAGCGCAGGUUAAGGGGAUACAGGUAGUUGGUGGGUGCACAUUUAGAAAUUGAAAGUACAGCUUUUAAAAAGGGGGAGAGGAAAAAAUGGGAAUGUUAUUCCACCCCCUUAGAAAUAUUUCCUUUAAUAGAGCAGAUGGGGCCCAUCAUGUAGUUUAAUUUGGCUUCUGAUUAAUUUGGUUAAAGAGGGGAAAGCUAAGCAGGUCUGCGAUUGGUGAUGCAUAAUGGGAGUCUGUUUAGUUCUGUUAACACCUCAAAUCAAUUCUUGAAACGUACUACUCCCUUAAUCUUCUUGGUUGAGGUUGGAUUAGAAAGAAGCUUAAUUUCCUUUUUGUUUUACUUGUGUGUGCUUUUCUUUGGAGGGGAUUAUGUGCAAUGUUAAUACUUAAAAUGCUAAUUAAUAAAUCAUGUUUGCAAAUCAAGAUUC